GAGAGAUGGCAGGAAGGCUUCGAACCCACACGCGAAAAUGUCAGUAACCCAGCUACCUUGCUAUGUUUUACCGCAAGCUGAUUCCAGGCGAAAAUAACCAAUUUAUGCUAGGCUGUGCGUCUAAGUUACGUUAUGGCUGACCUUGGGUUUGCAGUGAUUUGCUCUAGCAAUAUGAAUCGCAGCAUGGAGGCUCAUGCUUUUUUAAGUAAAAAGGGCUUUAAUGUGAGAUCCUUUGGAACGGGAGACAAAGUGAAGCUACCAGGACCUGCUCCAGACAAACCCAACUGCUACGAGUUCGGAACAUCCUACGAUGAUAUAUAUAACGACCUUCUAAAAAAAGAUAAAACACUAUACACCCAGAAUGGUCUCCUUCACAUGUUAGAUAGAAAUCGAAGAAUCAAACCAGAUCCUGAACGGUUUCAAGUGUGCAAAGACAAGUUUGACAUUAUAAUUACAUGUGAAGAACGAGUAUAUGAUCAAGUUCUUGAAUGUUUAGAAGCACGAAUUCCAGAGGAGAAUACCCCAGUACAUGUAAUCAACAUAGAUAUUCAGGAUAACCACGAGGAGGCUACAAUUGGUGCAUUUAUGAUUUGCGAGUUAGCUGCUUUGCUUUCUGGUACUGAAGAUUUGGACAAUGAUAUUGAUGAACUUCUACACGAGUUUGAAACUAAGUGCCAGAGGAAUGUACUUCACUGUGUACAGUUUUAUUAAACAUUUACUGUGAAUAUUUAUUGAAAAUGUGGGAGAUAAUUUCCUAAGCAGUUCAUUCCUAGAUACUGAAGAGUGUUUACGUAUUUCUACUACAUGUAUAUUGAUUAUUUUUUUAGUUAACUGUUCCUCAGUGAGCAUUGAUGCUCUUACAUCAUUUGAAAUCUGAUACAUUGCAUACUGUGCAUUGUAAAAUAUGUAUACUGUACCAAGACCAAAUUGAAGCGGCAGCUCAACAUUGCAGAAGACUCAAGACUGCUUUCAUGAAAUAAAUGUCAUUGUAAGUCCUGAAGACGUGUUGAUAAUAUUGUUAAGCCAAACAAUGUGUUGCUGAUAUUAAAACAGAACAUGUUUGACUUCAAUAGGUCAUGUUUAUUGUACUACAAAUCAUUAUUUUGGUACAGCAUUUCAUCAAUUGUUUACAUUAACUUAUAUUACAAAAUGUUUAAGUAUUUAGCAUUAUGUAUAUGUUUUUAAUAGCUUCCAUGUUAAAUUAAUAUCUUACACAGAUAAAUAUUUAAAUGCUUACUCUGUGUAAGGCACAUUAAUUUAAUACUUUUAUAUGUUUUGUGUUGUUUGUGUUCUAUUGUAUAAGCAUACUGGCUCAAAAUAUAAUAUGAAUAAUAAAUACAUAGUGAAUAUUACAGCAAUGCCUGGAAAAAAUAUAAUGAACAGUUAGAGGAUUUAUUUUGUUUUUGUGUAGAAAAACUUUUAUCAAUUAAAAUUCUAAUAUUAGAAAUAUAAUGUUGCUCAUAGAAAACUUAGAUACGAAAAUAUAAUGCUCAAUUGUACUUUGCAUAAAUACAUAAUUACUGUAUUAUAAAUAGUAAACUAUAUGAAAAGAUAAUAUUUUUGUUUUAGUUUGCAAACAAAUAAGAUAAAUAUAAUUAAAAAUACAGUACUGUACUGUCAAAAGUAUUAUGUACAGUGAUGAAAAUAAGGGAAGCUGAUAGUACAGUCAAGUUUUUUCUCGACUCACAAUCAGGAAUUCCUGGCUUGAAUACCGGGCGGGACAGAAAUGGGUGGACACAUUUCCUAUCACCUGAUGCAUUUGUUCACCUAGCAGUAAAUAGAUAUCCAGGAGUUAGUCCAUUUGUUGAGGGGGGUUAAUUACUGAACCCUCCCCCAUCCUCGGGAAGGUUCAGUAAUUCGACCUGGGGGGGGUAGGGUUGAUCUCGAUAUAAGCCUAACAUGUAUAUAGUAUACAUUGGCUGCCUGACAACCCUGACACACAAUGAAUUAUUACAAAUUAUUAAAUUGCUAGAAAUAAAUAAAAUAAUAUGUGGUUAAUGUUAUAACUUGUUUAGCUACAAUAACUAAUACCUUUAAUUUUGGUAUUUUAAAUUAUAUAUGUAAAGAAAGGUAUUAACUACACACUUAUUCAAUAUGCAGAAGAGUCAUGGCUCAGAAUGCAUAUAUAGACAGUAUAUACAUCAUAUUUCUAAAGCUUGGUAGCUGUUUGUGAAUCUUCAAGUUAAUAACAAUAUGUACUGUAUUCUAAAAUUUUGUAGAUUUUACUAUACUGCAUUGCAUUUAUAAGCUUUUGAGUAUGUAAGUAAAAUUAAGUACAAUUCAAAUUUAAAGAUUAAAAUUCUGUGGUGUCAUAGAUUUGGUUUAUUUUUGAGUUCAGGUUAAUUUGAUCACCAAUGUGUUAUACCUGUUAUGUACAGUCAUAAAAUGAUAUCAUAGGGGUUGAAUGAGUUAUUCAUAUUCCUCCCUUUUAAAAUACUUCUUUCAAUGACAUCCCAGGGAACACGCAUAAUUUUUUUUUUUUCUUUGUAUAUGUAGUGUCACUAGUAUUGUAUAUAGAUAUCCUUGUAUCUUGAAAUUGUUAAGGAUAUUCCUUUGAAAAUAGUAAUUUGUGGACCAGCUCAAAAGUGGUACUGUAUGUUAUACAGUAUAACCUAUCGUGCAGAUACAGUAUAACCACAGGGUGAUGAUAUGCAGUUUGGCAUGUUGCAGGCUUUUCACUUUAUGAAACUGGCUUCAUUCUUAUUUUAUUCUAUUUGGUUAAAGUAAGACAUUGUAUUUCACUGAGUGAACUACAAGUGAUAUAAAACUAAUAACCCAAAUACCUGUAUAUCUAAUAGUACUGUGAUUGUAAAGAGAACAUAGAUUAUUCUGCAUACUCUUGUGAUAUGAGUUCUCUUUCAGUACUUAUGGCCUACCUCCCAGUGGCCACAAUGUCAUAGUAACAUUAAUUCAACGCUUUCAAUGCUGAAUAUACGUUACACUUGCUUAUUCUGCCCACUGGGUUCUCAAAGAAAUAAAACAUAUAUACAGUAUUUUAUUGCCAAAUAAGUCUAAAUGUUUUCUUUUCUCAAUAAUCAAUAGAAGUUUAUAGUAAAUGAAGAAGUAAAUGAGUUUAAUAAAGAGAUAAUGAAGUCAACUAAUUAAAAUGUUGAGUUCAUUUAACUCAACAUUCAUUUAACUUUGACAGCUUGUUUCAUAGUGACUUAAGAGGGAGUAUCAAUAUCCCACAACUUGAAAUUAGAAGCUUUGAGAGUAAAGAAUUUAAGUACAGUACGUAAAUAAUAAACAUGCCAAGAAUUUUUGCAUUGAAGCCUUCAAAUUUUUUUAUUAAUUGAGUCUCUUAUAUGAAAGUUAGCAGAGGUGUAGAACACAUUUUGCUUCAUUCAUUUUGAGUUCUGUGAAUUUUUUUUUUUUCUUGCUUGCUAUCUCUUGUCUAAGACCUAACCAAUUACUUAGCCACUUUAAAAAUGUCAUCUCACCGUAUUUAAAUAUUUUUGUAUAGAAUCAAUUUACCAAAUCCUCCAUCUUCCACAUGAUUUGAAUACUGUAGUUAAAGUGAAUCAGAGUAAUUAUAUGGUAUUCAUGCAUAUA